CAAAUGUACGUUUUAAUUUUGAGCUUAAUAAGAAAAAAAAAAAUGAUCCAACUUCAUGUCGACUAAAGAACCUAACCACACAUUUUCAAAUGUAUGAUACGGUGGUUUGCUAGUUUUUUUUGUAAAAAUGAAUUUCUACUAUUACAAUUUGUGCCAUGUGUGCAAAACACAUACGAAGGAAUUGCGCCGUUGUUCGUCGUGCAAAUUGAUGAGCUACUGCGGUAGGGAGCAUCAAAUCGACGAUUGGAAGAACCACAGAAAGUUGUGCAAAAUUCUUCGAAACCUAAGACUGAACAAUAGCGAAAUAGAUAAUUACCAACAGCUGUCCGAUUACAAGACUAGGUUUCAGCUGUUGACAACGUCGUUGUUGAAACGACAAUUAAAGAAAUUCGAAACGCAGAUUAUGAUGUUUCCAAGGAUAUGUAAUGUGUGUUUUUCUAUGAAUAAUUUGUUUGAUUGCGAGGACUGUCUGAAUGUGUACUAUUGCAGUGAUGAACACCAAAAGGAAGACACAGCUCAUGCAAGAUAUUGUCCUUUGUUGAAACUAUGUAUGGAUACUGAGUGUUAUAUGUAUUUCAAUAAAAUUCCAAACAUGGAACCCAGCAGUGUGCCAUUUUGCACUGAAUUCCCUGACUCUGUUGAAGGUUUCAUGUCCUUGCUAAACUACACUAAAGACUUUCCAACAAGGGAAGAUCACAUUAAGUAUAUCGUAAAAGCUGAUUAUGUAGUACCAUUUGCAAAUUUCAUUAAUGUAUUAAAGGUCUGUGAUAAAUUAGAUAGUGCUGAAUUAGUUAUUCACUUAGCUGGUGCAGAAAAUUAUGAACAAUGCAUAGAUUGGCUGUUCACUUUUGAAUGUCUAUUCCACUGGAUGCACAAUUUGAGGCAAAUCAAAGUAAUGCUAAUAGGACCAGAACUGAUUAUUGAAAGUAAAAAGACUGAUUUUGAUUUUGUCUUAUGCUCCUACUGUAAAACAGUGAAAAGAAAGGCACAAAUCACCUGUUACAACAAUUUCUAUGUUGAUGUCAUCAAAACCAUUGAAAAACCAACAUUUGUAGUUGCAUUUAACAGUGGCAUCCACAUGAAUGAAAAAUAUCCCCUUAUUGAUACAUGGGAAACCAGUUUAAAAAGUUUAAUUCACUAUCCUGAUAUUCCACUUCUAUUAACUGCCUAUGCUGAUGAUGAAUUAACCAGUGAUCUACAAAGACUGAAGAAAAUUGAACCAAACUUAGAUGUCCUGUACUAUGGACGAAAUCCCAUGAGUAGUAUUAGACCCAUCAGAAACUUUGUCACUGACGGCGUUCCAAUCUUCUAUAUACAAGAGUUUGCUGCUAUCGUCUGCAGUCGAGAAUAAUGUUGAUAUUGUGUUCAGUCAUUUUAUAUGCUUUAAUGAAAAUUGUUUAAUGUGAAUCUCUGUUUUGUUAUUUUGCCAUUUUUACACAUAGUGUGAUAAUUAUAAGUUCUAAUGUAUUUUUUUAUAUGUAUUUUCAAAUAAAGUUUCUUCUAAAGAA